AAAAGCCCUUCUCACCUGUUGCGUGGUUUCCCCAAGUCGCUCUCGCCGAUGGAUCGAUUCCGGCCUCUCAGGCGGAUCCAGGUGGAGCCCGAGCGCGCUGACCCGCCCCCUCCCCCGCCGGCGGUGGCAAUCGGCGAAGCGGCGGAAAUGGUUCCCGCGGCCGGGAUGCUCAUGGGUGCCAAGGUGCGGCGCCGCGCGGCCGUCUACCGCGACUGCAAGGGCGACUACAUCGGCGUGCACAGCGACCCGUGCCUGGCCAAGAUCCUGUCCAAGCAAGGGGAUAACAAAGUUCUAUUUGCGGACAAGGUGUUGAAGUUCACUCAGUCAGGAAAGAUGAAAAGGCGCAUCCUUGUGAUCACAGACUUUGCUCUCUACCUUGUCGACCCUGAUGCUGAUAUAUUGAAGAGAAGAAUAGCACUUGCAGCUGUUGAUAAGCUAUGUAUAAGCAAGCUCAGUGAUAACUUCUUCGCAAUCAUUGUGCCGACCGAGUAUGAUUGUUUAAUGGCCAGCACUAGAAAGAAAGAAAUUGUUGAUGUUAUAGUUAAGGCUAUCAAGAGCACAUCUGAGUAUGAACCUGAGGUGGCUUCCUCUAACAGGUUUGAGUACCAUGCUGCUGCCGAAGUGAUUAAAGAAGUUGAAUUUGAAGAAGCUGAUGGAAGCGUUAAAACUAGGAUCACCCUCAAGGAGAAGCCAUGAUUCAGAAUCAUUUUGGUAGCUCCCUGUACAAUGUAUAGCUCUUGUAAUCUCGGUGGAUUCUUAUAUUCACUUUGUGCCCCAAAGUUGAAAGACGCACUAUUCUUUUGUUGUAUACUGCAUUCUAUUUUCUUGCUUUUGUACCUGGAAGAUGUGACCUGCCAUUUUGAGGACCCAUGGUCGAAUCUAUGGAAUUUUGGUGUUAUCAUGACACUUUAUACUACUGUGGAUUUUCUGUUAUCAUGCCA